AUCGUGCUCAAUCCUCCGCAUUAAGCGCUCCUCCAAUCUUUAGCUUAUCAUUUCAUGGAUUCCCAGGCGGCUAAGAUAAAGAAGGGUGCCGGCGGCCGGAAAGGCGGCGGCCCGAAGAAGAAGCCGGUUACCCGCUCCGUCCGUGCCGGCCUUCAGUUCCCGGUGGGUAGAAUCGGCCGUUACCUCAAGAAGGGCCGUUAUGCUCAGCGUGUCGGCACCGGCGCCCCUGUUUACAUGGCUGCUGUUCUCGAAUACCUGGCUGCCGAGGUGUUGGAGUUGGCUGGAAAUGCGGCGAGGGACAACAAGAAGAACAGGAUCAUUCCCAGACAUGUUCUUUUGGCUGUGAGGAACGAUGAGGAGCUUGGGAAGUUGCUGGCUGGGGUGACCAUUGCCCAUGGUGGGGUGUUGCCCAACAUUAACCCUGUUUUGUUGCCCAAGAAGAGUGGCUCUGAGGCAACGAAGGAGCCAAAGACAAAGGCUGCUAAGUCCCCCAAGAAGAAGGCUGCUUAGUUUGAUAGUGUAGAUUAGUAGGGUUUUGUCCCAUGUUUCUGUGUGUGUGACUUGGGGCCAUUCUUUACUUAUAGAAGGUGUAAUUGUUAGUGUGAUGUAAACCUUUGGUUAUCAAUUAAUGAAACUCUUUUUGUUUCUAUCUA